AUGUUUUCGUUUGUGCAAGUUAUUCUCCUUGUGGCUUUCAUUGCCCGCACGCAAGCGCUCAAAUGUUACUCAGGACUUGGAACGGAAAAAAGUCACCCACCAAGUAUAGAGGUGUGCCCCUGGAUAACGAAACAUUGUUUCGUGAAGACAGGUAUAAUCACACAGUAUAGCUGUGACUAUGGAGGGCGGAUCUGCAAGAAACAAGGCUGCGAAAAAGUGGGCAGUGUCACGACUUGCUGCUGUGCUUCUGAUCUCUGCAAUAAACUAGACAUAUGA